CCUCUCCCACGCACCCUCACAGACACCUGCUGCUCCCGGCGUCAGAAAGGAUUUGAGAAAACCAGUUCAAUCUGUCGUACAAGACCCUGAUCCUGCAGAUAUUUAAGCUGAAACAUUCCUGAUGAAGACCUUGAAUUCUGAGGAGAUUUAAAAACCAGGAAGUUUGGAGAUCAACCAUGGAUCAUAAGGCUGAGGAGAAAAGAAGGCAGCGCCAUAGCUUGACUUUACUGGAACAAGUAAAGAGAAUGAAAGAAUCAACAGAGAUAAUUGAUGUUGUGCUAGUUGCAGAAGGUGAGAAAUUCCCCUGCCAUAAGGUGGUGCUGGCUGCCUUCAGUCCCUAUUUCAAAGCCAUGUUUACCUGUGGCUUGGUUGAAUGCACGCAAAGAGAAGUGAUACUGUAUGACAUCUCUGCAGAGAGCGUGUCCGUAAUACUCAAUUACAUGUACAGUGCAGAUUUGCACCUCACUAAUCAGAAUGUGCAGACUGUUGCGCUUGCUGCAUAUUUCAUGCAGAUGGAAGACAUUUUCAGUAUGUGUCAGAAGUACAUGAUGGAUCAUAUGGAUGCUUCCAACUGUGUGGGCAUCUACUACUUUGCAAGCCACAUUGGGGCAGAAGAUUUAUCUGAUCAAGCGAGGAAAUACUUAUAUCAGCAUUUCGCUGAGGUGAGCUUACAGGAAGAAAUAUUAGAGAUUGAAUUCCAGCAGCUGUUGACUCUUAUAAAAUCAGAUGAUCUGAAUGUAUCCAGGGAGGAAAGCAUUCUGGACCUUGUCAUUAGAUGGGUGAAACACAGCAGAAAGUCACGUGUAGAGCACCUUAUUGAGCUCCUGAAGCAAGUGAGACUGGUACUUGUCAGCCCUUCCUUUCUCGUGGAAGCCCGGAAAAGGAAUACAAUGAUCCUGUGCAAUUCAGAAUGCAAUGAUAUGUUUGAGGAAGCGCUGAAAACCAUCAAGCUAUCCAGCCACCCUUCUCUCAGCCUGCGGUACGGCAUGGAGACUACUGAUCUCUUACUCUGCAUCGGCAACAAUUCUCUCGGCAUUAGGUCAAGACAUGGUAGCUAUGCAGAUGCCAGUUUUUGUUACGCUCCUGCGACACAGAAGACGUAUUUCAUUUCCUCUCCAAAGUAUGGAGAGGGUUUGGGAUGUGUUUGCACUGGUGUUGUCACUGAGAAUAAUGAUAUUAUUGUGGCAGGAGAGGCAAGUGCCGUCAAAAUGUCUAGACAAAAGGCCAGGAACAUCGAAAUUUAUAGAUACCACCAGCGAGGAAACCAGUUUUGGCACAGCCUGUGCACCACUCAGCUCCGUGAACUCUAUGCGUUGGGCACUAUCCAUAACGAUCUCUAUGUAAUAGGAGGGCAAAUGAAAGUGAAAAAUCAGUAUCUGGUCACAAACUGUGUGGAGAAGUAUUCCAUGGAGCAAGGCACCUGGAGAAGCACGGCGCCUCUUCCAGUACCGUUAGCCUGCCAUGUGGUGGUGACGGUGAAGAAUAAGCUCUACGUGCUGGGUGGCUGGACACCACAGAUGGAUCUGCCUGACGAUGAGCCGGAUCGAUUAAGUAACAGAAUGUUUCGGUACGACCCAGGCCAAGACAAAUGGACAGAAGGUGCGCCAAUGAAGUACUCCAAAUACCGCUUCAGCACAGCUGUAGUCAACAGCGAGAUUUAUGUCUUGGGAGGAAUUGGGUGCCUUGGUCGUGACAGGGGACAGACACGGAAAUGUCUUGAUGCGGUGGAGAUUUAUAACCCUGAUGGAGACUUCUGGAGGGAUGGACCUCCUAUGCCUUCUCCCCUCCUCUCCUUACGAACAAACUCUACCAGCGCAGGCUCUGUGGAAGGGAAGCUGUACCUCUGUGGAGGAUUUCGUGGAGCAGCUCGUGAUGAAGUUAUCAUCAAAGAGAUCCUUGAGCUGGAUACAUGGGAGAACCAGUGGAACGUGGUGGCCAUCAACGUCCUCAUGCACGACAGCUAUGAUGUUUGCCUUGUUGCUAGGCUGAACCCACGGGAUCUUAUCCCUCCUCCCCCGGAUUUAGUGGACCAAUAGAAGUUCAGUGACUCUCAGUGCUUUCGGAUUCUGCAGAAACUGAAGAAUUUGGAGAGACAAAUGCUGCAUUUGGCUCUGGAUGACAGCUGAGUCCUGUGGAGAGGAGCCGGCAACACAUGCUUAAGGACAGAAUUGCCUUUGAGCUGCGCUUCUCAGACGAUGCUUAAUUUGCUAGUACUGGUACUCUGGACUUUUGUGAUUGACAUUUGAGGUUGCCCAGCCUUUGUUUGUGGCUCUUUGUCUUCCAUCUGGCUGUGCAAGCUCCAGUGUUGGGUGCAGCCUGGGCUUCUGAGACCCUUUGCCUCACAGGCACAGUGGCAGCCCAGGGCUCACUUCACAGCAGAGCAUGACAUAUGAAGGAAAGCUCUAGCCAGGGAAAUCCCUCCUUUGCUGUUCAUACCACCUGGUUCUACUAAGCUACCGAGGAGGCUAAGAAAUAUAUUAAGUCAGCUGAUGAAAACCAGUCCAGCUGUACCAAAGGGCCAGACUGUACUUGACUGAUGCAGGAGGAGAGGGAAAACAGAGAAGAGCCUUUGUUUGUUUUAAACAAAAAUCCAUUAGCCAAGGUUCAUUAGCCAACUACAAGAGCUAUUGCAAACGUUAUCUAACCCACAGACAGGACAGUCAAGAAAUCCUGUCUUUGCCAACAGAGCUGAGCCUGUGCUUGUAGAAAACUAGUCUUUUGGCAACAAGUCACAAGCGAGUCUUCCAGCAGGGUUAGUAGGCAGUCUGUACCAAAGACAAGAAGAAUCCUAAACUUUCACAUAGAUCCUACCUGUUACAAGGUCUGGUGUGACCAGAACCUUAAAGCUCAGCUAGAAAACCCUCUUCCUUUGAGAGAUGGAGAAGGGGAUGUAAACUAAAAAGUUAUAAAUGAGGCCAGUAUUAUCUGCAUAUCAGCUCUGCAGCUACAGGGAAAGGAUAGAUGUGCUAAACAAUAAAUGUUUAUAUAACAGUAGCUGUUUUUAUAGAAGUAGCUUUAAUGAAGUAGCAUAAGGUAAAUUCUAUACCAACAGAACUGGCUAUAAUCACAGGGAAGAGGAAUAAUUCAAACAGUGUUUCUUAAGGCAGUGUUAGCCUUUAUAAGGCUUGAAGACAGUAGGUUAGAGAGAAAAUUGUUACCAGUACUGCUAUCCCAUUUGAACUACCAAUAACUAUUCAUCAGUUCUCUAGUGCCUACAUUAUAGUGUAUCUGUCUGUCACUGCCUGGGCAGUACGGGCAAGAGAACUGGAAAUCUCAGUUGUGCUCUUGGGCCAAAAUUGCAAAUGAUAGUAUGCUGCAAUGCAGAGUGAAUGUCAGAGGCAAACACUAAGAGUAGACUAUGAUAUAGUACAAGAAUGAUCAUUGUCAGCAAGAAGUUGCUUUUGAUGGCUACAAAAGCAGCAACAAAACUGGAAGGAAAUAAAUGGCAGAGAAAUGAGGGAAUCCAUUAGGUAGUUCACCCAUAGUUACUUGCAGGAUUUGCACUUCAGAGCAUCUCCAUUUUCUUUUUCAAUCGCGUUUUAGGCUGCAAAAAUGC